GGUCAUUCUCCUGGCGCUGCUGACAAUAUCGUCAGUCACGGCUUUCAAAGCUAUUUCAAUUGUCUUAUGCCGAAUAAAGUCAACGAUGAGGAAUUCAAGGCACGCCCUAUUCCUGAAUUCGCCAAAAACCUCGAGGGACAGGAACUGAUUGACUACAUCAACGCGAAUCAGCCGUUCUUUAAGGCAGGAGAGCCUAAGUUGUCUUACAAACAAUUCAAAUCGCGCUUGAUGAAAACGAAGCUCGCGGACUUUGAUGAGGAAGCACAGAAAGUUGAUGAGAAAGCUCCGGAAAUUUUUUCCAAAGAAGCAAUUCCAGAGAGAUUUGAUGCUCGCGAGAAAUGGCCGAAUUGCAAAUCCAUCCGCACCGUCCGUGACCAAGCAAAUUGCGGUAACGAAUUGCUCACACUUAUCCACCAGAUUUCGCUUGAUCUGCAAAGCGUUCUCUCAAUUAUAGGAUCAUGUUGGGCUGUCUCUUCGGCAUCAGCUAUGUCUGAUAGUCGUCAACACCUUAACUUCCAGCACGUAGCGGGUAAGGAAGAAGGAGGUCAUGCUAUAAAGAUUAUUGGAUGGGGUGUGGAGAGAGGCAUUCCCUACUGGAUCGUUGCAAACUCAUGGAACACCGACUGGGGAGAAGAUGGAUACUUCCGAAUUCUUCGUGGAAAGAACGAAUGCGGCAUCGAACAGUAUGUAACAGCUGGUCUACUUAAAGUUUGA